ACUACUGGCCAGCCCACAUUUAGAGGAGCCGCCCAAUUUCAUCAGCUUAGUUGGCGUUUGCUGCUGCUGCCGUUCUUUGCGUUUCUGUCCAAUCGCUCAAAUCGGAUCAGUUUGUGGAGGAAAUUUGGGCCUUUGUAGCUAGUUAAGGUUGUGAGGACUAACAGCGAUCCUUUCUUGCAAAUAUUUGUUAACUCAUCAGUCCUUCACUGUCUUAUACGCCUUCGGAUUCUUAUCAGUAUAAACUAUGGAAAAGACGGAUCUUGUUCAGAGGGCCAAGCUUGCCGAGCAGGCUGAGCGCUACGACGACAUGGCAGCGAACAUGAAGGAAGUUACACAGAGAGGCGAGGAGCUGACGAACGAGGAGAGGAACCUGCUGUCCGUCGCUUACAAGAACGUGGUUGGGGCUAGGCGGGCCUCUUGGAGGGUGAUGUCCAGCAUCGGUAUGAAGACCGAAGGGUGCGAGAAGAAGCAGCAGAUGAUCAAGGAGUAUCGGGAGAAGGUGGAGAAAGAGCUGCAAGACAUCUGCAACGACGUUAUGAAACUGCUGGAUAAUCAUUUAAUUCCAAAUUCAACAGCUGCUGAGAGCAAAGUCUUCUAUCUAAAGAUGAAGGGAGACUACUAUCGAUACCUUGCCGAAGUUGCCACUGGAGAAGAGAAAUCAAAGACCAUCGAAAACUCACAGCAGGCUUACAAGGAAGCAUUUAACAUCAGCAAGACUGAGAUGGAACCCACACAUCCCAUCCGCUUGGGCUUGGCACUUAACUUCUCUGUCUUCUAUUAUGAGAUCCUCAACUCCCCAGACAAAGCCUGUGAAUUGGCCAAAAAGGCAUUUGAUGAUGCCAUUGCAGAGCUGGACCAGCUAAAUGAGGACUCUUACAAAGACAGUACUCUUAUCAUGCAGCUCCUCAGAGACAACCUGACAUUAUGGACAUCAGACACUAAUACUGAUGAAUUAGAGGGUCCUGAGGGUGCUGAAAACGACUAAAGCUAAAAGCUUUAACUCAGAAGAUCUCAGUGUUGGGUCAUCUCCAAAAACAACAAAAGGAAAAAAAAAACUUUUUACACGUUGUUCAUUCCUUAUUGCUCCACUCAAACAUUCUACCAUUGAAACUCAUUGCUGAUAAGAGUUGCGUAAGGAAAGAAUUUAAAAAAAAUGCAGAUUUGGAAAUGUGGUGAAAAGAGAAACUGUCUAUUCCGCUUGGUUUGUUUCUCCUGGCCUUCCCAUUUGUGCAGUUUCAGCUGUAGAAAAGUAUUUAUAGCUUUACAUCUGUAUAAGACUCCUAUCUCAUUAGAGGCAGAGAUAAUAAAGUCCUAUAAUUGAACAACUCAAAGCGUAAAAAUUUCAACUGAGAACGUUUGCAUUAUUAUUAAAUAGCUAUAAAAACUAGUUUUCCCCCUCAUAGCAUUUUUAGUGUCUGUCUCUACAUUUUUACUAUGUGGUACGGUUUAAGCAGCUGAAAUCCCACUUCAAAUAAAUAUCUGCAGGGAAACCCAGUACACUUUACAUACUGUCAAAAAAUACCUAUAGUAUGUUCAAGCAGUGCAGUUUUGUUCAACCUCACUUUCCACCCUGGUUCUGAUGCCACUCUUUCACUAAAGCAUGUCUGUUGGGGGAAAUGGGGCUUUAUUUUCGUCUGACCAAAUGCAGGGAUAUUUUUAAUGGGGCAAAACUAAAUCAACUCUGUCAUGCAUGUCUCUUGAGAUAUUACACUGGAAUGGGAACAAUUGCUGUAACUCAGAAGUCCAAGUGUCAAGAGUAAUUUUCAAUACAGGUUUGUACACAUCCUAUAAGAAGGUGAUUUGUUAGUCUGUCCAGUGAUUGUCAUUACAGAUUUGGACCACUAUUGUUCUGUUAUUCAUUCAAUUGUAGUCCCCAAAUGCCUUGUGGAAAUGUUUGACUCCCUAUGUAUCAGCUAUGUUAACAUAAAUAAAACAUUUUCUAAACCAA